AUGGAGCCGGCUAAUGGAAUAAAGAGCCAAAGUUGCAAAUCUCCAAUUGAGUUUAAGGAGGAUUUUAUGGAACUGCUUAUAAUCCCUCUUCUCCUGUCGCCGUCGUCGUGUUCCUCGCUGCUGGAGCUGGGGCCUUGUUCUUUCUGCUCUGCUUCGCCGUCUUUAUCUGCUCGCGCCGUUCUGAAACCUUUGCCCUGCUCCGUCGUGGUGCCAUGCUCUGUCCUCUCAGGCAAAUCGAUAACUCUCCGCCGUUCACCUCUUUCUCUCAAGCCCCUCGCAUCACACUCGAUCCUUAGAAAUCCAUCUUGCAUUGUUUCUUCUCGAGUUCUCUCCGUGCUUCUUGAAUUCGCGUCACUUUUGGCUAAUGGAGCUCAAGCAAAAGCUGAAGUAGGUUUAUUAGCUCUAAAAGUUGAUGGAGAGAACAUGGACCAAAGUCUAGAAAAUGCAUGGAUGGUUUGGAAUAAUCCUUGUUGACUGAAAGUUGCUAGAGACAGAGCCUAAGUAAAGCAAAGAGGAACAUGGUGGGGGUUUAUAACGAUAUUCAAUGUUCAAGACAUCAAUCACCGAAAAUGGAAAAAUAGAAGCUAGGCAAAAAUGAAGGUGUACGAAAAAUGGAAUAAUUAGUUAUGCCCUUCUUGUAUUGCUGAGUCAUUAGAUUUGUAUUCAGCUCUUUUUAAGUUAGAUUAUGUAUUUUGUUUAGAGGCUUUUUAUUAAAUUGGCUUGUCAUAUAUUGAUAUUUGAAUUAGAAAUCUUUAUACAAUACGUAUAAUGUUUUUGAAA